AUGUUUGAAAGCGCGAGCGAUCUGGUCGGAAAGUGUUUACGACCAGCGAGAUCCGGGAGGAAGUCGGUCUCUAUCUACCAUCAGACGUCAGGCAACCUGGUUUGGUAUAGGUUACAAGUUGAAGAUGCAGGAAGAAGAUGGUUUGUACCGCUGAACGAAGUGCACAUCUCAUGGCUCCAAGGAGUCCUCCAAACGGAAGACAUGGAAAACUGGUCUUUUCCUUCACUUUGCACCAGGAGAUACUUAGGAUGGGCUAUUCAUGUUGGGAAGCUGAAAAGUCAUCAUGGAGAUUUUCUCCAAAUCUCCGAACAAGUGACGAACAGAGGGGUCUUUAAAGUGCUGAUUCCAUCCUCCCGGUUCCAAUGA